CAAAAAAGACACGGAAAAAAAAAUUUGCUUGCAGGAAGUUGAUGCAUUCAUGUCAACACCGUGUCACCGACUACUAUAAAACUCGUUGCGGUGCCGAAAAGCUGAAACUCGGGAAAUUUGUUCCAAAGUAUGGCGGCUAAUUUCUGGACUUCAUCGCACUACAAACAACUCCUGGAUCAAGAGGAGGUCGAUGUGGUGCAAUCGCUCGAUAAAGAUAGGGGCAUCACUCUCGAAGACUUCAAGCUCAUCAAGAUGCAUAUGGCAAAUUAUAUUUUGAAGUUGGCCCAAAAUGUGAAAGUUAGACAAAGGGUGGUUGCAACUGCUAUUACAUAUAUGAGACGCGUUUACACCAGAAAGAGUAUGACAGAAUACGAUCCACGAUUAGUGACUCCAACCUGCCUAUAUUUGGCUUCAAAAGCAGAAGAAAGCACAGUUCAAGCUAGACUUCUAGUGUUUUACAUUAAAAAAAUACAAUCUGAUGAAAAGUACAAGUAUGAGAUCAAGCACAUACUAGAAAUGGAAAUGAAGAUUCUAGAAGCCCUUGACUAUUAUUUGGUGGUAUUCCACCCUUAUCGUGCAUUGUCUCAGUUGCUCCAAGAUGCAGGCUUGAAUGACAUAAAUAUGACUCAAAUGACUUGGGGACUUGUGAACGACACCUACAAGAUGGAUCUAAUUCUUGUACAUCCACCCUAUUUGAUAGCUUUGGCUUGCAUAUAUAUUGCUAGUGUACUAAGAGAGAAAGACACAACCGCAUGGUUUGAAGAACUUCAUGUUGAUAUGAACGUGGUGAAGAAUANCUCAAUUGAGAUAUUGGACUUCUAUGAAAACCACAGGAUGAUAACUGAGGAUAGAAUUAUUUCAGCUCUUGGCAAGCUACCAAUGAAGUCGUGAACGUGAAACAGUUUCUACUUCCUUUAAGAAAAUUUGUCAUAUCUAUCUUGCCAAGCUAGGUUCUAAUUUGUGAAUACACAACUGUUGUUCUUUCAGGAAAUUUGUCCCAACUCUAUGCUUUACCAAGCUAUGGCAUAUUGAGAACGAGAUUUCAAUUAUAUGAAUAUAGCGAUAAAAUAUCAAUAUCAACAGAAAUUUUUGUAAAUAAAGAAAUUUAUUAGAAAUUAGUAGUUAAGAUGUUUUUACUUCCAAA